AUGUCUGCCAGCCACACGAACCUCGUGUUCAUCAACAGGAGUACGUUGUCCUCGCGCUCGAUGGGAUCGGUCCAUGAACCUCCUGUGCUGAAGCUCGAGCCAGGACUGAAGAACGGUACACUUCACCUCGGCGCCUCCCUUGAGGGUACAGUCGAUUGUACCGCCGGGGAGGCCGAGAUGAACGUCACAGACCUCUACGCGGAUCUGAGCCGCGCUUGGGAUACGCACCUCUCUACCAAUAACCUCGCCGGCUCUGGCACCGCUUGGCACUUGACCGCAUUCGUCGCCCGUGGCGACACGAUCCAGCCGGAGAUGCUCUGGAAGACUGAGAGCGGACACACAUUCCGCGUCGAGGUUGAGUCCCUUCAGCCACACCGCCUAUCGCAAGCCGUGGCGGAGAUAGGAAGUUCGUGGCACUGGCGCAGCCUAGGAACACCUAUCGCUCCUAUCGCUGACGAGUCCUUGCACCUCGAGGCACUGAUGACCCGGGCGUUGUAUGAUCCUUCACGCGGCCAUUUGACGUCAUAUACUCAGUGCUCUCUCCAUCGAGGCGUGAGAAGGCCUCAUCAUCACGACAUCUGGAUAUAUGAGACUCGAAUGCGUGAUACUUCCGUACAAUAUCCCUGUCUACAUCAAGCUUUGGUAUCAAUUGAUCAUAUUCAGUUACCAGACAUGUCCACCACACAGACCUCCCUGGACCUCAUGGUCAAUCCAAUUGCGACCGUUCUUGGCUUCAAUUUGAAGUUGGGGCAAGACAGCGAUCCUCAGGCCACGAAAGAGCGGCUUCGCACACUGCGAAAAGACCUUGACGCAUGGUGGACAGAGACCAAGGAUGCGUCUUCCAAGAGCGACGGGGACGUCAAGACCCUGAUUGAGGAGAGAAUCCAGUGGCAGAGUUGUGCGGUUGAGCGAGAGGCGGUGAUGUACCAAGUCCUGCUGGGAAUAUGCGAGAAGGCACGCAUGCAUCGCAAGUAG